AUGCUCGCGCUGCUAGUGAUGACGACGUUAAGGGCAGGGGAGGAGUAUGCGGCGUUACCCGACCCAAAGUCUUAUCGAGCGGUGAUCAAAUCGCCUGAUGUGCACCUAUGGAAAGUGGCGUGCACAGAAGAUAUUGUGUCACUUGCGGCAAACAACACGUGGGAAUUAGUCGCAAAGCAGAAACACAUGCACCUACUGCGUUCGAAGUGGGUAAUGCGAAAGAAGAAGGACGGCAACGGAGCCAUCGAGCUUUACAAAUUGUGGAUUUUUGCCGGCGGCGAUGAGCAAGUACUUGGUCGUGACUACAACCUCCUGCUCGGCCAUCCUCGACAUCACCACGGGGAAGGUGAUCCUGGCAGUUGCUCGCGCGUAAGGUGUCUGCGCAAGGCACUAUGA